AUGGCUGCCCUGCUGCUGUACUCGCUGUUUGAGGCUGCACACACGUUUUCUUGCACGUGCUGGUGUCUACAUGGGCUGCACAUUUGCACGCGCGCGUGCACAAGCAUGCCUAGGGUGCCCAGUGAGCACCUGAGGCCACAUCUGCAGAGAUCCCAGCUGGCAGGUGGGCGGGUGGACUUCCGGAGGCCUGGAGCUGCCUCGGAGACUAGAUCUUCCACCUUGACCUGGUUCCUGGCAAAGGCUCCAGUUCUCAUCUCUGCCCAGCCCAUCAGCUCGUCCUGCUCUGCUCUAGCCGCCUCCCAGGAGAGCCUGGGGAGCCAGCUGCUGGCAUGGUUGCUGUGUCUGCAGGCAUGGAGGGUGGCAGCGCCAUGUCCAGGUGCCUGUGUGUGUUACAAUGAGCCAAAGGUGACAACGAGCUGCCCACAACAGGGUCUGCAGGCCUUGCCCACCGACAUCCCAGCCGCAAGCCAGCGAGUCUUCCUGCAUGGGAACCGCAUUACACACGUUCCGGCCGCUGGCUUCCACGCCUGCCGCAACCUCACCAUCCUGUGGCUGCACUCCAACUCGCUGGCCCGCAUCGAUGCUGCUGCCUUCUCUGGUCUGGCGCUCCUGGAGCAGCUGGACCUCAGUGACAACGCCCAGCUGCGCUUCGUGGACCCUGCCACUUUCCGUGGCCUGAGCCGCCUGCACACGCUGCAUCUGGACCGCUGUGGCCUGCAGGAGCUGGGCCCGGGCCUGUUCCAUGGCCUGGUGGCCCUGCAGUACCUCUAUCUGCAGGACAACAGACUGCAGGCACUGCCCAACGACGCCUUCCGAGACUUGGGCAACCUCACACACCUCUUCCUGCAUGGUAACCGGAUCCCCAGCGUGCCCGAGCGCGCCUUCCGUGGCCUGCACAGCCUUGACCGUCUCCUGCUACACCAGAAUCGCGUGGCCCAUGUGCACCCUCACGCCUUCCGAGACCUCGGCCGCCUCAUGACGCUCUACCUGUUUGCCAACAACCUCUCGGCGCUAUCCGCCGAGGCCCUGGCGCCACUGCGUGCCCUGCAAUACCUACGGCUGAAUGACAACCCCUGGGUUUGUGACUGCCGGCUGCGCCCACUCUGGGCCUGGCUUCAGCAGUUCCGUGGUUCCUCCUCUGAGGUGCCCUGCAGCCUGCCCCCUCGUCUGGCCAGCCACGACCUCAAGCGCCUGGUUGCCACUGACCUAGAAGGUUGUGCUGUGGCUACCAAGCCCUCUCAUCCCAUCUGGACUGAUGAGGACUUGCUGGGGCUACCCAAGUGCUGCCAGCAAGAUGUCAUGGACAAGGCCUCAGUUCUGGAGGCCGGGAGCCCAGCCUCCGCUGGCAAUGCACUCAAGGGGCGUGUGCCACCAGGUGACAGUCCGCCGGGCAAUGGCUCCAGCCCACGGCAUAGCAACGACUCCCCCUUCGGGACCUUACCUGGCUCAGUUGAGCCCCCACUCACCGGGCUGCAGCCAGAGGGCUCUGAGGUGCCAGGGCCCCCGACCACUGGCCCACGCCGAAGGCCAGGCUGUUCCCGCAAAAACCGCACUCGCAGUCAGUGCCGUCUGGGCCAGGCGGGUGGCGGGGGCAGCGGAGGUGGGGAUGCGGAUGGCUCAGGUGCCCUGCCUGGCCUUGCCUGCAGUCUUGCCCCUCUGGGCCUCGUGCUGGCACUCUGGACAAUACUUGGGCCCUGCUGA